CGGCGGCGGUUGUCCCGCGGUCGGUUGGUGUGGUCGUCAGCGCGCUUCCCGCCGCGUCCGCGCCGCGUCGAGCCCAGUCGAGUCGAGCCGAGCCGAGCCGCGUCGCAGAGGCCGGGCCGGGCACGGGCGGCGCGCGCUGACGGAGGGCGGCGGCCGCGGCCGGGGUGGCCUGUGGGACCGCGGGACCCGGCGCAGCCCGCCCGGCUCCCGGCGCUGCCGCCUCCGCCCUCGGCGCCGCGGCCAUGGCGGCCAGCGCGAAGCGGAAGCAGGAGGAGAAGCACCUGAAGAUGCUGCGGGACAUGACCGGCCUCCCGCACAACCGCAAGUGCUUCGACUGCGACCAGCGCGGCCCCACCUACGUUAACAUGACGAUCGGCUCGUUCGUGUGUACGUCCUGCUCCGGCAGCCUACGAGGGUUAAAUCCUCCACACAGAGUGAAGUCUAUAUCCAUGACAACAUUCACGCAACAGGAAAUUGAAUUCCUGCAAAAACAUGGGAAUGAAGUUUGUAAACAGAUUUGGCUAGGAUUAUUUGAUGAUAGAUCUUCAGCAAUUCCAGACUUCAGGGACCCACAGAAAGUGAAAGAAUUUCUACAAGAAAAAUAUGAAAAAAAAAGAUGGUAUGUGCCACCAGAACAAGCCAAGGUUGUGGCGUCAGUUCAUGCAUCUAUUUCAGGGUCUUCUGCCAGUAGCACAAGCAGCACACCUGAGGUCAAACCACUAAAGUCUCUUUUAGGAGAUUCUGCACCAGCACUGCACUUAAAUAAGGGCACACCUAGUCAGUCCCCAGUUGUAGGACGCUCCCAAGGGCAGCAGCAGGAGAAGAAGCAGUUUGACCUUUUGAGUGAUCUUGGCUCAGACAUCUUUGCUGCUCCAACUCCUCAGUCAACAGCCACAGCCAAUUUUGCUAACUUUGCACAUUUCAACAGUCAUGCAGCUCAGAAUUCUGCAAAUGCAGAUUUUGCAAACUUUGAUGCAUUUGGACAGUCUAGUGGUUCGAGUAAUUUUGGAGGUUUCCCCACAGCAAGUCACUCUCCUUUUCAACCCCAAACUACAGCAUUUAGAAUACUUUCAUCUAGCUGCAGUUUUGGUGAAUUUACUUCAGCUUUUCCUCUCCAGGCUACCCACAGUGGAAGUGCUGGAUCAGUAAAUGCUAAUUUUGCUCAUUUUGAUAACUUCCCCAAAUCCUCCAGUGCUGAUUUUGGAGCAUUCAAUACUUCCCAGAGUCAUCAGACAGCAUCAGCUGUUAGUAAAGUUUCAACAAACAAACCUGGAUUACAGACAACAGACAAAUAUGCAGCACUUGCUAAUUUAGACAAUAUCUUCAGUGCUGGGCAAGGUGGUGAUCAAGGGAGUAGUUUUGGGGCCACAGGUAAAGUUCCUGUCGGUUCUGUGGUUUCAGUUCCCAGUCAGUCAAGUGCAUCUUCAGAUAAGUAUGCAGCCCUGGCCGAAUUAGACAGCGUGUUCAGCUCUGCAGCCACCUCUAAUAAUGCAUACACGUCCACUAGUAAUGCUAGCAGCAGUGUUUUUGGAACAGUGCCGGUGGGUGCUUCGGCACAGACUCAGCCUGCUGCUUCAAGUGUGCCUGCUCCAUUUGGAGCUACACCUUCCACAAAUCCAUUUGUUGCUGCUGCUGGUCCUUCUGUGGCUUCUUCUACAAAUCCAUUUCAGACUAAUGCCAGAGGAGCAACAGGCCUUUCUGGAGCAAUGCAUUCUCAAGUGUUUCCUCACGCUCAUUUUGCGGCAACCUUUGGCACAGCAUCUAUGAGCAUGCCUGCGGGGUUUGGGACCCCUGCGCCCUACAGUCUUCCCACCAGCUUUAGUGGCAGUUUCCAGCAGCCUGCCUUCCCAGCCCAAGCAACUUUCCCUCAACAGACAGCUUUUUCUCAGCAGCCCAAUGGUGCAGGUUUUGCAGCAUUUGGACAAACAAAGUCAGUGGUGACCCCUUUUGGUCAAGUUGCAGCUGCUGGAGUAUCUAGUAAUCCUUUUAUGACUGGUGCACCAACAGGACAAUUUCCAACAGGAAGCUCAUCAACCAAUCCUUUCUUAUAGCCUUAUGUAGACACUUUACUGGAACGAACUUUUAUGUGGUCACAUUACAUCGCUCCGCCUCUUGCACUGUUGUCUUGUUUCACUGAUCUUAGCUUUAAACACAAGAGAAAUCUUUAAAAGCCUGCACUGUGUAUUAAACACCAGGUAAUAAGUGCGAAACAGAGGGCUGUGGUAACAACUUUAACCGGUGAAUUGGCAGAGAAAGAUAGCGGUAUCAUGUAUAUUAAAAAUUGGCUAAUAUUAAGUUAUUGCAGAUACCACAUUCAUUAUGCUGCAGUACUGUACAUAUUUUUCUUAGAAAUUAGCUAUUUGUGCAUAUCAGUAUUUGUAACUUUAACACAUUGUUAUGUGAAAAAUGUUACUGGGGAGAUAGAUCAGCCACUUUUAAGGUGCUGUCAUAUAUCUUGGAAUGAAUGAACUAAAAUCAUUUUAACCAUUACUACUGGAAAGUUACAAAGACAAAAUUGGAAGAUUUUAUUCGUUCUUGAAUUUUUCCUUUCUUAAGAGCUCUUCUAUUUAUACAUGCCUAAAUUCUUUUAAAAUGUAGAGGGAUACCUGUCUGCGUAAUAAAGCUGAUCAUGUUUUGGUACAGUUUGCAGGUGGAAAAAAUAAAUAUUAGAAAAUA